ACCGGGAAGAUGGCCGUCUUUCCCUGGCAUUCCAGAAACAGGAACUACAAGGCUGAGUUUGCAUCAUGCUGCCUGGAGGCUGUGCCCUUGGAGUUUGGAGACUAUCACCCGCUGAAGCCUAUAACUGUCACAGAGUCAAAGACCAAGAAAGUGAGCCAGAAAGGCAGCACGUCUUCCACGUCCUCCUCCAGCUCUGUGGUGGACCCGCUGAGCAGCGUGCUGGAUGGGACUGACCCCCUCUCCAUGUUCGCAGCCACUGCUGAGCCCGCAGCCACGGACAGCUCUAGAAAGAGACGAGACAGAGAUGAGAACUCGGAUCAACUCGUAGGAUCAGACUUUGAGCCCUGGGCUAGCAAACGAGGAGAAAUCCUUGCCCGGUACACCACCACAGAAAAGCUCUCCAUCAAUCUGUUUAUGGGAUCUGAAAAAGGCAAAGCCGGGACUGCCACAUCCGCAAUGUCAGAGAAGGUUCACACCAGGCUGGAGGAGCUGGAUGACUUUGAGGAGGGAUCCCAAAAGGAGCUGUUGAAUUUGACUCAACAGGAUUAUGUGAACCUCAUAGAGGAGCUCAACCAGUCGCUGAAGGAUGCCUGGGCCUCGGACCAGAAAGUGAAAGCUCUAAAAAUAGUCAUCCAGUGUUCAAAGCUUCUUUUGGACACAAGCGUUAUUCAGUUCUACCCAAGCAAAUUUGUCCUUAUCACUGACAUACUCGAUACAUUUGGAAAGCUCGUGUAUGAGUGCAUCUUCUCCAUGUGUGUGGAUAACCGCAGCGUCUUACCAGAUCACUUCUCUCCAGAGAAUGUAAAUGACACAGCCAAAGAAACAUGCUUAAAUUGGUUUUUCAAGAUUGCUUCCAUCAGGGAACUCAUUCCAAGAUUUUACGUGGAAGCAUCUAUCCUGAAGUGUAACAAGUUCCUCUCUAAAACGGGGAUUUCAGAAUGUCUGCCCCGGUUGACUUGUAUGAUUCGCGGAAUCGGAGACCCACUGGUGUCAGUGUACACCAGGGCCUAUCUGUGCCGGGUGGGAAUGGAAGUGGCUCCACAUCUCAAAGAAAGCCUGAAUAAGAACUUUUUUGAUUUCCUCCUCACAUUCAAACAGAUUCAUGGGGAUACAGUCCAGAACCAGCUGGUGGUCCAGGGAGUGGGGCUUCCAUCCUACCUGCCCUUGUACUCGCCUGCUAUGGACUGGAUCUUCCAGUGCAUUUCCUACCAUGCCCCGGAGGCUCUGCUGACUGAGAUGAUGGAGAGAUGCAAGAAACUAGGAAACAAUGCCUUGCUGUUGAAUUCUGUGAUGUCAGCUUUCCGGGCCGAGUUCAUCGCCACAAGGUCCAUGGAUUUCAUUGGCAUGAUUAAAGAGUGUGAUGAGUUGGGUUUCCCCAAGCAUCUUCUUUUUCGCUCAUUGGGGUUAAACUUAGCCUUGGCUGACCCUCCUGAGGGUGAUCAACUCCAGAUUCUCAAUGAAGCUUGGAAAGUCAUCACUAAAUUGAAGAAUCCACAGGACUACAUUAACUGUGCUGAAGUGUGGGUGGAGUACACCUGCAAGCAUUUCACGAAACGAGAGGUGAAUACCGUUCUGGCUGAUGUCAUCAAGCACAUGACUCCAGAUCGUGCUUUUGAAGACUCCUACCCUCAGCUUCAGUCAAUAAUUAAGAAAGUGAUCGCGCACUUCCAUGAUUUCUCCGUUCUUUUCUCGGUGGAAAAAUUUUUGCCAUUUCUGGACAUGUUCCAAAAAGAGAGUGUGCGGGUGGAGGUUUGCAAAUGCAUCAUGGAAGUUUUUAUCAAGCAUCAGCAAGAGCCUACAAAGGAUCCUGUCAUUCUGAAUGCCCUUUUGCACGUCUGCAAGACCAUGCAUGACUCUGUGAAUGCACUCACUCUUGAGGAUGAGAAAAGAUUGCUGGCAUAUUUGAUUAAUGGAUUUAUAAAAAUGGUUUCCUUUGGCCGUGACUUUGAACAACAGCUAAGUUUUUAUGUUGAGGCUAGGUCAAUGUUUUGCAACCUGGAACCUGUUCUUGUGCAAUUGAUUCACAGUGUAAACCGAUUGGCAAUGGAAACAAGAAAAGUAAUGAAAGGAAAUCAUUCCAGAAAGACGGCUGCCUUUGUCCGGGCCUGUGUUGCCUACUGCUUCAUCACCAUCCCCUCCCUGGUGAGCAUUAUCACACGACUCAACCUCUACCUGCAUUCUGGUCAGGUUGUCUUGGCCAACCAGUGCCUCUCCCAAGCUGAUGCCUUUUUCAAAGCCGCUAUUAGCCUCAUUCCAGAAGUUCCAAAGAUGAUUAAUAUUGAUGGAAAGAUGCGACCAUCGGAAUCAUUCCUUCUGGAAUUCCUCUGCAAUUUCUUUUCUACUUUAUUAAUAGUUCCGGAUCAUCCUGAGCAUGGAGUCUUGUUUCUUGUUCGUGAGCUUCUUAACGUGAUCCAGGACUACACCUGGGAGGACAAUGGUGACAAUAAAAUCCGCAUCUACACCUGCGUCCUGCACCUCCUAUCCGCCAUGAGCCAGGAGACCUAUCUCUACCACAUAGACAAAGUUGACUCCAAUGACAGCCUCUACGGGGGAGACUCCAAGUUCCUGGCUGAAAACAACAAGCUGUGUGAGAGGGUGAUGGCUCAGAUCCUGGAGCAUCUGAAAAUCUUGGCCAAGGAUGAGGCUCUCAAGCGCCAGAGCUCACUGGGCCUUUCCUUCUUUAAUAGCAUCUUGGCCCACGGGGACCUGCGCAACAACAGACUCAACCAGCUCUCCGUCAACCUGUGGCACCUGGCACAGAGGCAUGGCUGUGCAGAUACCAGGACCAUGGUGAAAACUCUGGAAUACAUCAAGAAGCGAAGCAAACAACCAGAUAUGGGUCAUCUGACUGAGCUGGCCCUCAGGCUUCCUCUGCAAACAAGGACCUGACUGGUGCUUUGAAGCCAAUUCCAGAAAGACCUGCCUUGCUUUUUUUGUUUUAUUUUUACAUACACAAAUUGGUUUAAGCUUUGGCCUCUACCCAAAUUUUUGCGACAGUGGAGGAGGAAUUGUCAGAGCGUUAAAAUCCAAUCUUGUUCCUAAGAGUAGCAGUGUCUGUGCACAAGUGGCCUUCAGACUGGCCUUUAUUGAGAAACAAAAAUCCAAGUAACAUCUGUCAAA